AUGCCUGUCUCCCUUAGAACGCUACAAAGCGCUCUGGAGAAACAAGCGGACAAGAAGGCCAGAAGCCGGUGGAAGAGUACCACCACCUGCAGAAUCUCGAGAACCAUGUGCAAGGAGCUCAAUGGGUUCGAGCCCGCGUCGAAUAGUGCGGCUCGAGAGUCAAGUGGAGAUCGCCAGAAGUACCAGUCGUAUUCGCGGAAAACAAAAACCGGUGCCCUGCCGCCAAAAGUGACCGUGCCCACCCCGCCCCCCAACUACGAAAGGAAAACCACGCAACAACCAAACGAGCCUCUCGUGGAGAGGACUGAGAGUCUGUACCCCAGCGGAACCUCCUUGCACAACCAUGGCUACGACAUCAUCAACAGAGAACGCAAACGCAAGAAAACCAACAGAAAACCCCGCUACGACAAAAAGCAAGGAUCAAACACAAGCAACAGAGAACACGAUAACGAGGAUAACAACAGGAAACACGAAUACGAUAGUUUCCACAGAGACCACAAGCACGAGAAUGGCCACCGAGACCACCAGUACGAGAACACACACAAAGAGCACGAGCACGACAAUAUCAACAACGAUCACGGGCACUAG